AUGCUUGCCCAACCAAUAAAUAUCCCAAAGUGGAUUGAAGAAAAUAAUCACCUUUUGAAACCACCGGUGAACAACUUUUGUUUGCACCAUGGUGGAUUCACUGUCAUGAUUGUUGGUGGCCCUAACGAACGCACAGACUACCAUGUCAACCAAACCCCUGAAUACUUCUUCCAGUACAAGGGUGCCAUGUGUCUCAAGGUUGUCGAUGAUGGUACAUUCCGCGACAUUAUCAUCAACGAAAACGAUUCGUUCUUGUUGCCUCCAAACACGCCGCACAAUCCGGUGAGAUACGCUGACACAAUCGGGAUUGUUGUGGAGCAAGACAGACCAGAAGGGAUUAACGAUAAGCUCCGCUACUACUGCUCGAACUGCCGUGAGAUAAUCUACGAAAAGGAGUUCUACUGUUCUGACUUGGGUACCCAGAUCAAGGCGGGUAUUGCCGAAUUUGACUCGAGCGUUGAAAACAGAACUUGCAAGCACUGCGGGACGCUCAACUACAGUAGACCGCAAUAGUGGAAGAUCACGGGCUAUUGACGCAUUAGAUGGUCUAAGAUCCGUGAGGGUGUGGGACUGAUGCUUAUUUCCAGCGAAUGGGACACCAAUCUUGCAAAAGAUGAACUCGAAUUUCAAGCCGAUGAAUUAUGAAUAUCUGAAGGUUAAUAAAUGGGUAAGAUAAUCCUGAGAAGCACCAUGUAUUAAUAUCAAUUAGUCUGGGCGACUUCCGAGAGCUUUAGUUUUAAGACAUGCAUAUAUGACUAGAAAGCAUCUGAAGUUUUGCAUAUGCUAAUCAAAGCUAAUAAUCCCUAUUUUUUCAAUUUUCAUGUU